UAGCCAGUGUAUUUCAUUCAGAUAAAGCACAAGCUUUCAAGUUUUCAUUCCAAAUUCAGACAACAUACGUAUAUCAACACCGUGCAACAACAUAAGCCUCUCACAAUGUCCCGUAUGAUUAACAGGGAAGAAAUUCCCAGAGACAGAGGAUUGGCCCAGGAGUUAAGAAGUGAAAUAACCCGCAACUCGGCGGAGUUCAGUUUCAACUUUUGGCAGGAGUUCGAAAACAUCCGGUCGACCCAGCGAAACCGCAUGAUGCAGGAGCGCUUGCAGCGGGAAAGGAUUACCACAUUGAUUCGGGAUGGUCAAGAGGAGGCCAACCAGGAGGCGGAGGCCCUAAGCCGAUCGAUCAGCGCCCAUGGCAUCACCUCGACCACGUUGCCAUCAGCAUUGUCAGCAAUUCCCACUGUGUCUAUGGUGAAGAACUCCUUGGUUCAAGGACUCCAAAAUGUGUCUAAUCGCGCGAGUUCGGGUGUCAAAAGGAAGUCGCCGAAGCAGAAGUUCCAAGCACCCAAGACAAAUAAGCCCAAACAAAGGAACGAGUCCGAAGGUGAACCCACCCUGCCAUCUCCAGCCCCCUCCCACAUUCCCAGCGCACCACCACCCUCCCGGGCCACGAUGGUCACCACGAAUAUCUCCAACGGGGUAACUCCCAAUAUUUCAAAGUAUCGAUUGGCCAACAAGCCCAAAAAGUGAUCUUUCUUUUUGGGUCAAGGAUACAAAACGUUGGAUGCUCUUUUAGUAAUAAAAAUACAUGAAUUACAUUACCAUAAAAUACACAAUAUAUUAAUAAUAAUAAAUAAUAGUAUCUAUUUCUGAGUUAUACUCAACAAAA